AUGGAAUUUAUGGAAUUAAUAGUAAAAGGAUGGCCAACUUGUCCACGCGAAGUCAUCGAAGAUGUUUAUUAUGGUAUUAAUGCCAGAGAAAUAUGCACUCCAUCCACUUCACUUACUAUUAAUGAAAAGUUGAGUGGUGACACAUUUCCAGUGUAUUUAACAAAGCACCCCACAAUCGAAAACGCAAAACGAAUUCAUAGAGUGAUCGAAGACCUCAUCAGUCCACUUUUAAUGAAAGUACUUGGUGAAGUGACUGAAAAUGCGCCACUAUUUAUCAACACCAUCCGGUUAUUAGUUCGAUCUUCGAUGAUUGACCGAGUUAUCCAAACACUGAGUACUUUUAUUACAAAACCAAUUACCCCUUUUAGUUUACUUUGUUGUGCGCUGUUGUUUGAUGGUGUCAGGAAGAAUUACCUUCGAGUUAAUUGUUGGAGAGAAAUCAUCACUGUAAUUUGUUAUGUAAUUGAAGAAGGGUUUUUGGAAGAUAUCGACCCGGAAAGUUUUAAGAAGCAACAAGUUGAUCAAAAUAAAAGAGAGUAUUUGGUUUCGGCAGGUGUCUUGGAUGUGGUCGAAGGUUUUGCAACAGCACCAGAAAAUAUCAUCUCAGAAGUGUUGAAAAGUUGCUCAGCGUUGAUGAAAACAAAGCCAUCAAUUGCUAUUAUCAAAUUCAUUAAAUACCUCCACACUAUAAACGAAAAAAGAAUUGAGGUGCAAUCUGUAAUAGUUUCGUUGGCUCAGGAAGUGUGUCUGACUUGCCCACAAUAUGCAAAUGAGCUUUCACAAGAUCACUGGAUUAAGAUGUCUCCUCUUACGCAAAUGAAUUUUUAUGUCUCACAAAUAUUCAAAAAAAUUUUUAAUUAA